AGCAGCGGGCGCGCACCGCUGCUGCCAUUGCGUCCCCGCCGCGUCUCCUCUGCCACCGCCGCCAUGGAGACCAUGACCUUCCCCCGCUACAGCCCCGACGACAUCAUCAGCUACCUCCGCUCGCACGUCCUGGAGGGCGCCGAGGCCCGCAACCUGGUCAAGAGCGACGUUUUUGGCAACCCCAAGCUUGAAGUUUUACACCUGAUUUACCUGAGAAUCCUACAGAAAGUGUGUGGAAUCCGACUGGUGCACGCCUACAUGAUGCCACUCAGCGUUGAGAUAAUGUACCCACAGAUCCAUGAAGGCUUUCUACCUGUCUGUAAUUUGUAUAUUCACAUGGAGCGCUUGCUGCCGAUGUGCCGGAUUAGUGACUUCCAAUUUGCUGAUGUUUUAAACCCAAAGACAAAGAGGACUGUUCGCUUCUUGAGUGGCAUCCUCAACUUUGUGAACUUCAGUGAAUUCCGGCAUGAGGUCUACUUGGAGCUACAACUGAGCUAUAAAUCAGCUAUGGAGAAAAGCCAACACCUGGAGGCUGCAAAUCGGGAGGCAGUGCUGAAGCUGGAGAAACUGAACACGGUCCCAUUUGAACAUGAGGCAGAGAUCAAGCAGCUCACAGAGAGCAUUCGAGAGCUGGAGCAGGUGCUAAGGCAGGACUAUCACCGGAAACAAACAGCUUUGCAAGAAGUGACUUCUCAAAAGAAGACUGAUAUUGCAGAGGGAACCCAAAAACUGAAUGAGUGUAAAGUGUCUAUAUCUACUUUGAAAGAAGAACAGGAACAGCUGAAAUCCAAAAUUGUGAGGAAUCCAGAAGAACAAAAAACUGACAAUGAGCUGAUGAAAGAGACUAUUAAGAAAUUGAAGAGAUCUAAGAAAGCAGUUACUGAGAAAUAUGAAGGUUACAGAGAUGUAGUUGAGGCUCUGCCAUCAUGCCAAGUGGAAGUGCAGUUAUACCAAAACAAGAUGGAAAUACAGGAAGCAAAUCUGGAGAGACUGGCCAGUAUAUCAUCAGAGGCCAGAAAUCUGGAGAACCAAGUUGAGAGUGCUCAGAUAGAGCUGAAAAAGGCCAAGACAGAUGAAAUGUCCCUAAAGAGAACAGUCACUGCAAAACAUGAGAAGCUUGCUACAGCUGAGAUACAGCUUAAAAAGAUGCAUGAAGAUAUUGAGCAGCAGCAGUGCACUGUGGUCGAAUAUUUUAACAAAGUCCAGGAGAAGAGGGGUGUUGUGUAUGACAAAGUUGUGGUCAUUCGCAAGGAAAUCAAACAGAAGAAGGACAAAAUUGAGCAGCUGAAGGAUGAUGCUGAAGCAAAAGCAAAAAAAGCCAAGGAAAUACAGCUGAUUUUAAAGGCUGUGUUGGACAAGUGUCACGAAUCUCUCCUUAAGGCAGUAAAGACUUCUGCAGCCUCAAGAGCAGAAAAAGUUAAUGAAAUAAGGGAAGGGCUGUUGAGCAUUCAGUCUUCUGGAAGUAGUUCUUGAGCCUGUCUGCACUUGUGUUCCACUUCCAUUAUUUUUGUUGCUCAUACCUGAACUCGAGAGCUUCUGCUUUGCAUGGGAGGGAUAAUAAUUCCAGGCAAAUCCAGCUUCCUCAGAAACCAUGUCAGAACACGUUCAGCUUUCCAGGCUGAUCCUGGUGUCACGAGCUUGCUGAUAUGGAAAAGACUGUUUCUUGUUGUUUCAGUCAGCACCUGAUUUUAGUGGUAAUAUUGCAAGUCUUGCUAACACCAAACUGCCCAACAUUUCAGACAGAACCCUGCAUUUGUAGAAACUGUUCUGCAAACUUUGAUCUGGGAACACCUGGUGCCUUGGUCUGCCUUGAAUGUUCAAGAUAAGUCAGUAACAAGUGGCCAGCUGAACUCCAACACCAUUAUUCAAUUAAGAUUAAUUUCUAACAGAGCUAUAGCAUCUGUCUAAAUGCCAAAUUACUCUCAUCAUAAAUAUUUGUAGCUGCAAACACUCAGAAGUAUCAUUUUAAUAUCAUUUUAGUUAACAGUACACUCCCUCUCAAUGCUUGAACUCCUUGUGUCUGCUUUGUGGGGUAUUGAACCUUCAUCUGUGUUCACCAAUUUGUGUUAGGAUGCUCUUAAAAACUAUAGAUUGAUGUUUUGUACCUUAACUUGUGAUAGACACAGUGAUUUUUAUUAUUUGGAAAAAGAAUAUGUUAAUUUUUACACUAGUUGAUAUAAAGAUAUUUAACCCUUUUUCUCUUGGGUCUUUCCAUUCCCCUAACUGAUUUGGCAUAACAUUUCAGUUGAAAAAUUUUGUUUUGUACAUUUGUAGGAGUGUGUGCUAUGAGAGCAGUAUUUUAUGAUGAAAUGAGGAGGAUGAUUCAAGCAAUCUUGAAAAUUUAAAUUCUUCAUCUCUUACCAGCCAGAGGUGACAGCAAGUCAGUUAAGAGGAGCAGGUGCUUGUUCCUUCUAGAGCUCUUCUGGAGGCAUCAGACCCGUCUGAAGUUUUGCUUUAAGCUUUUCUGUUUGUUUUUUUAACACUCUAACAGACUUGUUUAGCUUGGAAAAGCCCUCUCAGAGGUCCACCACUAAACUCUGUCCCCAAGUGCCACCACUACACUUUGAAAUAUUGCAGUAGCAUCUCCUUCCUUACAAAAACUGGUUGGAGGCUGCACUCCACAGCCUGGAUAUUGCAGCAGCUCUGGGGAAAGAGAUUGCCAAAAACUUCCAGUAGGUACUCCAGGAGAUUAUUCCAAUCAGCAGAUCAAGAUUCUUAGGCUAGAGAGAUGAUGCUUGUGUACCCCAGUGAUGAGGAAUUUGCAGGACAAAGAAAAAGCUGGAGUCUGGUUGCUGCUCUCAGAGAUUUUGCCACACCAGCUGUUGGGUAAAAUAAA